UCUAUUUGAAAAUAAAAAUUUUUUAAUUAUUCAUGCAGCCCCGGCCUUCUGGCAGCCCUGCAAAAGCAGCUGUUUGUGGCACGUGGCUUUUGUGUUGAUUUUGCUCAAAAGCUUGUUUAACUUUUAAUGCUCCAUAAUUCGCUUAAUAAAAUAGCUAGAGGUAUUGCUAAAUAUGGAAAACAUAGUUCAAGGUAUGUUGAUCAUUAGGUUAAUGUCAAAGAAUUUGUACUUGUGUGUUUUGUCUUUCGUUUCGUUUGUUAUUGUUGGUAUUGUUUGUAGAAGAAACCUAACCUCAACGUUCUGUGAUUUGUGGACUAAAUGUUACCUGCUUCUCGUUGCUACUUGCAAACAAGGUAGAGUUCAGUCACAAGGAGUUGCUUCAAAUUUGGAUUGAUAAUGGGCGCACAAGUAAAGCGCUUUCUGAGUGGGUGUUUGAAAAGAUUAAUGAAAAUCUUAAGGCAGCUAAUAAACUUGAAAUAAACAAAAAAUUUUCGAACUUUGUCGCUUAUAUAUGCAAGUACAUGCCAAAAUGCCAAAGAAAAAUAGAAAAAUUCAAAGAGAAACACCAACAGUUCCUUGAUUCAAAAAUGACAAAACAUAUUGAAAGAGCUGCUGUGAAAGAGUGUUCCGUUGGUCGUCCACGGCUGACUUACGAUGAAGGCAGUAGUCGUUUAAAACGAAAGAUAGCUUCAGAUAUCGCGACUAGUCAAGGGCACAAUACAGCAAUGCUUUUUCAUGCAGCUACCAUAUGCGCCAAAAAAUCAAAAUGUAAUGAAUGUACUGAUUGUUCUUUAAAAGAAAAUAUUAUCAAUGUCAAGAGGAAAAGCGAUUGCAAUCAAAAACCAGUUCAGAUGACUGCAGAUGAAGCAUUAGCAUUUUUACUUGAAAAUUCUUUCUCCAAAAAGCAGUAUAACGCCAUUCGAGCCAUAAACCAGAAGCAUGGUUGCGACAUAUUCCCAUGCUACGACAACGUUUUUAAAGCUAAAUCUGAAUAUAGACCCGUCGGAAUACAAGCAACAGAAACUUCAGCACAAGUUUCGUUACAAAAUAUGCUGAACCAUACUGCAAAAAGAAUAAUUAUUUUUCAAAAAGAAGUUUUUGCUCAAUUUGAAAGCAUAACCGAUGUGAAGUUAAUCGUCACCUAUGGCUUUGAUGGAUCGACUGGACACAGUUUAUACAAGCAACAAUUUGAAGAAAAGGUGCAGGACACGCUUGGCCAAUCUCUAUUUGUCACAUCAAUAAUCCCUAUAAAGUUAUUAGAUUCUUUGGGGAGAGUUCUAUGGAUGAAUUCUAAAACUCAAUCAGUGCGAUUUUGUAGACCACUGAAAAUCGAAUUCAUUAAGGAGAGCAAAGAACAUAUUUUAGCAGAAAACAAUAGAUUGAAGGACGAAAUUGAAAACUUGAAACCGUACUUAUUCAAUAAUUGGUCUGGGAGAACUGUCUCUGUUUCGUUUGAUCUAAAUAUGACACUUAUCGAUGGAAAAGUUUUAAAUGCUUUAACAGGAACGAACUCGACCCAAUCAUGUCCAAUAUGUGGUGCUACUCCUAAAACCAUUUUGAUGACCACGGAUACAAAUGCUGAAGUAUUUAAGCCGAAGCCUUUUGCUCUGCAAUAUGGUAAUAUUACAGUCAAUGAGCAGGAACUGUUGAAUGGCAUUUAUAUGCUGACGCAAAAAGUCAUACAGCGUGCGAGAUUAUCCGUUUUCCAUUUAGAAAACAUUCAUUGA